AAAGAAACUUAGUUGCGUUCUGAAUUCUGAUGUGUUGUGGCUUAGUUUGGGAUUUUUGUCAUGUCAUUACACAUUUGUGACCCCAAUCGUGUCAUUUGAUGGAAGUAACUGUAAUGAUGUAAAUUGUGGAUCACCGAAAAUUUAGGGAGGCUUGGCUGUUAUCUGUUGCUAGCAUCUUUGAUUUUCACAUUGAGGUAAUUAGUGAUGAAGACUUCACUUGUUGGAGUACGAAUAGUAAUGGAAAGUCACCUUUAGAGACGAGAUUGCACUGUAUUACAAGACAGAAAUCAUAAUCUUCCAAAAGGUUAUUUUAAUCGUUCGUUGUUGCCACUGUGUCUUUCUGAAAACAGUGAUACAUUGAUAUUGCUAAACUGUUUAGAAGGAUGGCCAAUUCUCUAUAAUCGGGGAAAUAAUAAGGUAGAGCAAACUAUAAUAUGUUAUCGAUGGUGGAGAGCAAUAAUCUGACAUACCAGCCGAGAAAUGGCACCAUGGCACUGCCAUCCUUCACAAAAUGGCCAUAUUGGUUUUCCAAAAAUCCGCCAUGGCUGAUAUUUGAUGACACUGAUGAUUACCAAAUGUAACGGUGGUUCUUUGUUGAUGAUUAUGUUGAAUGUUUGGUUUCGAUGAAAGGAAAUAUUCACGUUGCUUGGCCGAGGUCCAUUUGGGAGGAUGAGUUACCUAGGCUGUGUUAUACAGCUAUGUCACGGUGUCAUGAGCCCAAGCCGUCAUCUCCACAGGUAUUUCUCCCUGAUGAACUUAUCAUCGAAGUCUUAACAUUUCUUCCGGUAAAAUCUCUUAUGCAAUUCAGGUGCGUUUGCCAUUUCUGGAAUGCUCUAAUAUCUGACCCUACUUUUAAAAAAAAUCAUCAAAAGAAAUCUGAACGAAACAAACACCUAAUACUAAUCUCGAAGAAAUUACCAAGGGGAUUCUUUGUGGAUUCUUUGUCCGUAAGUAGUUUAGUGGAGAACCCGUUGCUUAUCACCCUUGGAGACAAGCAUUGCGGAUUGAGGGAUGUAUGUCUCAAGGUUGUUGGUUCCUGCAAUGGUUUGCUUUGUUUGCAUGAAUGUUUUCCUCCUUACUUGGAAAAUUGGCUUUAUUUUUAUAACCCGGCUACAAAGACAAUAUCCGAAGAGUUAGGAUCUUUUACCAAUAAAUAUAUGUCGUGGUUUGCGUUUGGUUAUGAUAAUUCAACGGACACUUAUAAGGUAGUGGCCUUAUGUCAAGUGACUAGUGAUGUGAGUGUUUUUAGUUUAGGAGAUAAUAUUUGGAAAAAUAUUCAAAGUUUUCCCGAGGUUCAUUUUCCUCCUUACUUUUGCUUCAAUGGUGGUGUGUAUUUGAGUAGCACUCUUAACUGGUUAGUCCUGAGAAAUAAUAUUAUAUAUGAUCGGAAGAAUCGGAAGAUUGAACAUUAUGUUAUCAUCUCACUUAAUUUGGGGACAGAGACAUACACACAAUUAUUGCCGCCUGGAGGUUUUGAUGAAGUAUUGUUGGUUCAGCCAACUAUCUCCGUGUUGAUGGAUUGCGUUUGUUUUACUCAUGAUUUCAAGGGAAUUGGUUUGCUUAUAUGGAAGAUGAUGGAAUUCGGAGUUGAAGAGUCUUGGACACAACUUCUUAAAAUUAAUUAUAAUAAUCUUCAAAUGUAUUAUUACAUUCAUCAGUUGGUGCCAUUAUAUGUUUCUGAAAGCGGCGAUACAUUGAUAUUGAUAAACCGUCUAGAAGGACAACCAAUUCUGUAUAAUCUGAAAAAUAGGGUAACAAAAACAAUUGUUACCAAAGGAAAACGGUGGUUCUACGUCAAUAAUUACGCUGAAAGUUUGGUUUCGACUGAUGGAAAGUAAUUUAUUCUUUGUUAAGGGUUAUCUUCCUUGAAUUCUUGUUAAGUAACGUGUUUUCUUUAGUAUUUUGUCUCUGUUUUUUUUUUUAGUUUUUUUUUAGUUAUAGUUUUUUUUUGUUGUUUUACAAAGGAGCUGAGGAUUGAGCCUACGACCUCUGACAUACUACCAAAACCAAAACCUUUCACCAAUAGACCAAACUUAGUGAUUUUGAAUUGAAUAGAUUUGAAUAGAUGUGAUUUUUUUUCAUUUGUUUUAAACAAAUAAGAAAAAUCAGUUUUCAUUAGUCACUCACAUGACAUGCCCUUAAAAUGUGUAAAUUUUUUGAGCUUUGUAUGUACAAAAUAAUGCAAAUAAGAGUUAUAGGCUUUAACUUGAAGCAACACAGCAAAAUGAGUUCCCUUGAAA